UGUCAGAUCUGAGGAGGCUAUAGACCUGGAUCUCUGAAGCAGGGGCAACUGGCUAAUGAGUGGCAGAGUUGCAAGGAACUUCACUAAAGGGAAAUGAUCUUUCCCAAAUAAGAAGAAUAUAUUUGAGGAAGGGAAGAAGUAGUUGCUCUUGAGAGUUCAUUUGAACUUGUGUGAAAUACACCUGAUAAGGAUUUCUGUUGAGAACUGCCAUGAAAAACAACUAUCUGUGUUUACAAGAAAAGAAUGAAACAUGAAAUCACAGUGAUUCMCAAACACCUUUGGGAGUGAGAAAUGCGCUAUGCAACUGUGUACUGGAAUAAAGCUGAGAAGACACUUCAGGUCAGGAAUAUACUGGACAGAAGUGGAGAUGCCUAUGGUUUCUACAACAACUCUAUACAGAAAACAGGUUGGGGAGUUCUGGAGAUCAAAUCGGGCUACGGCCAUCAGACUUUAAGCAAUGAAGAUAUCAUGUAUGCAUCUGGCUUUUUGGAAGGCUAUCUCACAGCUCCGCACAUGUAUGACCAUGCUGUAAAUAUGUAUCCGCAAUUAAUUAAGAAUCCCAGCGUUCGAAGUGGAGUUCAGAGUUUUAUGGCGAGACAAGAUCAAUGGACAAGACAACAAAUCAGAAAUAAUAAAGAUGACCCCUUUUGGAGGCAUGCUGGCUAUAUUAUUGCACAGCUGGAUGGUCUGUACAUGGGAGCCCUCGAGUGGGCUAAACUACACAAACAAACACCACUGAGCAUCUUUGAUGUCCAUUUUCUAAAUGCAGUUGGAGACCUGCUGGACCUCAUUCCUGCUUUAUUUGAAUAUCCUGCACGGAGCGGACAAUGCAACGUGGAGCCAGGAGGCCACGGGAAGUAUCAGUGGGAUAUGGGUCACUGCUCUGCUCUCAUCAAGGUUCUGCCUGGAUAUGAGAACAUCUAUUUUGCCCAUUCCAGCUGGUUUACAUAUGCAGCCACACUGAGAAUAUAUAAACAUUGGAACUUCAAUAUACUUGAUCCAGAUACUAAAACCAUCCGUGUCUCAUUCAGCAGUUACCCAGGCUUCUUGGUGUCCCUGGACGACUUUUACAUCCUAGGCAGUGGCUUGAUAAUGUUGCAGACCACCAACAGUGUGUUCAACCAAACCCUCCUUAAGCAAGUGGUGCCYGAGUCCCUGUUUGCGUGGCAGAGGGUCCGCAUUGCCAACAUGAUGGCUGACAACGGCAAAACCUGGGCAGAAAUUUUCUCCAAGUGCAACUCUGGGACCUACAACAACCAGUACAUGGUGCUGGAUCUGAAGAAGGUCAAACUGCAGAAGAGCCUUGAUGAUGGUGCACUGUACAUUGUUGAGCAGAUCCCAACCCUGGUGGAAUAUUCUGAUCAAACAAAUGUUCUCCGGAAAGGUUACUGGCCUUCCUACAAUAUCCCUUUCCAUGAAAAGAUUUACAAUCUCAGUGGGUAUGCAACAUACGUUCGCAAGUAUGGCCUGGAUUUCUCUUAUGAACUUGCUCCAAGAGCAAAAAUCUUCCGGCGAGACCAGGGCAAAGUGACCAACUUGGAAAGCAUGAAGUACAUCAUGAGAUACAACAACUACCAGCAUGAUCCUUACGCUGAGCACAAUCCUUGCAACACCAUUUGCUGCCGAGAAGACUUGAAUCCCUCUUUCCCAGUGCCUGCAGGCUGCUAUGACUCCAAGGUCUCAGAUUUCCGCCUGGCUUCAGCUUUCACAGCUACUGCGAUCAACGGCCCCCCCGUACAGGGUGGGCUCCCUGUCUUCACCUGGAGGCGCUUUAACCAGACGCGGCACCAGGGCCUGCCAGAUUCGUACAACUUCCACUUUGUCACCAUGAGGCCAAUCCUCUAAUAUCGGCGUUGAUAUUCCAAAAUGGGAUUAUUAUUAUUUUUUUCAUGGAAAUUUUCAUUUGCUUGUGUAAUAAAUUUACCAGGAUGUCCACA